AACAUCACAUUUCCUUUAUCAUUACGUUUGCUUAUGUACAACCACAUGGAGAAAUGAAAAGUAUUUUUUGGGAUAAGUUUAUUCAAUUAGCUCCUACCAUUUCUGGAAGUUGGAUAGCUAUGGGUGACUUCAAUGAUAUUGCAUCAGCGGGUGAAGCUUCUCCGCGAGCUGGAAGCCGCUUUGUUCGAGCACAAAGAUUUCGGGAUCGACUUGCUCAGUGUGGCUUACACUCAAAAGAGUCCCUUGGGUGUGCUUUUACUUGGGUUCGGAAGAUAAAUGGCAGAGUAUCUCUGCGAGAAAAGCUCGACCGUGCCCUCUUUAAUUUGUCUGCUUUGGAGGCAUACCCAGAGGCCAAGAUUAUAAACCGUCCUCGUCUUUGUAGUGAUCACCACCCUGUUAUGCUUUGUGUAGAUACCUCUUCUCCAGCGAACCGCAAUGCAAAGCCAAUGAGAUUUGAAGCAGCUUGGUUGACUCAUGAAAACUUUGGGACAGUUUUCUCAGAAGCUUGGUCAGCUCAUAGUCUUUCCUUACCAGAUGCUAUCAGUUCUGUUCGUGAGACUUGUAUUCAAUGGAACCGCGAUGUUUUUGGUGAUAUAUUUAAAAAAAAAAGGCACUUACAAGCUCGGUUGGCAGGAAUCCAAAAUUCCCAAUACUAUGCAAUUUCUCAUUUUUUGCAAAACUUGGAAGUUGAAUUGCUUGACGAAUAUCAUCGAGCUCUCCAUGCUGAGGAACUUUUCUGGUGUCAAAAAUCUCGUCAGGAUUGGAUUGCUUCUGGAGACAGAAAUACAAAUUUCUAUCAUGCCUCCACAAUCAUUCGAAGGGGUAGGAAUAAAAUUUCUGCUUUAAAAAUUGGAGACUCAUGGGUUCAUGAUCCGGCAGAUCUUAAGCAACAUGUUCACGAUUUUUUCAAGAGUUUAUUCUCUCAUAAGGAUACCCAGCCUCCUUCGCAAUCCUAUUUAAACCUUCAGCCAUGCCUCACUGAUGAUGAUAGUCUUUCUUUGCUAGCUCCUAUCUCUAUGGAUGAAGUUAAAGCUACUCUCUUUUCUAUGAAGGGUCUUAAAAGUCCUGGACCUGACGGCAUUCAACCCAUUUUUUAUCAAAAACAUUGGGCUGUCGUUUCAGGUACAUUGCUCUCUUUUGUUAAUCAAGCACUUACUGAUGGUUAUUUUGAUACGUCUUUGCUUCAAGCUCAUAUCACUCUCAUUCCUAAAGGUGAGAGUCCAGACAUCAUUCAAAAGUUUAGGCCAAUUUGCCUCCUCAAUGUUGCUUAUAAGGUGCUGUCAAAGGUUAUUGUUAACAGACUACGGCCGCACCUCCAGUCUCUUAUUGGCCCAUUUCAAAAUAGUUUCUUGGCAGGGAGAAGCACAACUGAUAACAUAAUACUAACACAAGAGGCAAUCCAUUCCAUGCGUAGAAUGAAGGGAAGGAUAGGUGCCGCGACCUUUAAAAUUGAUUUGCAUAAAGCUUUUGACAGCAUUUCUUGGGAUUUCCUAUUAGAGGUCUUAGUGGAUUUCAACAUUCCAGCUCCGCUAAUCAGGUUGAUCAUGUUCUCUAUAUCUUCACUUAAGCUUUCAGUCUUGUGGAAUGGUAACGAACUUCCAUAUUUUCAGCCUCAGCAUGGUUUGCGGCAAGGUGAUCCACUCUCACCUUACCUUUUCAUUAUGGCAAUGGAGAAAUUGUCCCACAUGAUCUUGAGCCAGGUACAGACAGGUUCUUGGAAGCCUUUCAAAGUCUCAAGAGGGGGGUUAGCUCUCUCGCAUCUCUUUUUUGCUAAUGAUUUAAUGUUAUUUUGUCAAGCAUCUCAGACUCAGAUAGCCAUGGUAAUGGAUUGCUUAUCUGAGUUCUCAGGGAGAUCUGGUCUUGAAAUUAAUCUUGCUAAAUCCAAACUGUAUAUCUCGCCAAACAUCCAAAGCAAUGUUGCAAAUGCUCUAAGCUCUCUUUGUGGCAUUCCUCUAACAUGCAAUUUGGGUGUCUACCUUGGAGUCCCUAUCAUACAUGGGCGUUCAACUGCUGCAACUUAUAAGUACAUUGUGGAAAAAAUUCAGAUUAAACUAGCGAGCUGGAAGCAGUCACUUUUAAGCUUUGCCAGUAGAAGAAUUUUGGUACAGUCUGUAACUUCAUCAAUUCCAACUUAUAGCAUGCAAUCUGUUUUACUACCCAAGAGUACUUGUGAUGCCAUUGACAGUUUGAACAGGAAGUUUCUGUGGGGCUCAGAUAGUAACUCAGCUAAACUUCACUUAGUUAGCUGGGGUGAUGUCUGUCGGCCUCGUGAACAGGGAGGGUUAGGUUUACGCACUUCUUUUGAGAACAACAAGGCCUUCAUUGCAAAGUUGGGAUGACAACUCCUCUCAGGACAAAACAAGCCUUGGUGUCAAGCUCUUUCCCAAAAAUAUCUCCAUACAGGGUCUCUCAUGAAUUGUCCAUCACAAUCCGCCUCCUCUGUAACUUGGAGAAGUAUAUUAAAAUGUAGAGAUGUUU